GCUGUGCUUUUUUGACAAAAUGGGUUUCCUUAAACAAAACGACUGAUUAGGUUCUGGGUAAGCACCUCCAGAUUCUCAUAGCUUUCCGGCGGAUUGGCCAGCGGCUCUCAUACAUGAAAGGAAGCACAUGAUGCUCCACAAGGGUCCGAGUGUGCUGUGCUUGGAAGGCCGAUGUCGCUUUUGAACGCUUCUUGUGUUCGGUACGUGUUAGCCAUAGGAGCCUAAAGCCUACGCGGGAAGACCUAUUGGGAUGCAUUUAUGAAGAUAUGUAAAUUGUAUUCUUGGUAUGUGACUCUGUUACUGAAUGUCAUUACCGAGCUGCUUUACUACUUCUUCCGACGAUCCUCCCCUUUUGUCAAAGAAACAGGUUAAUCUAAUUGACAUGGACUUUCGACACCUGCUUCUGUCCGAAGUACGGAGCAUACAGGACACUACGUUUGUACGCUCUUCGGUGAAAUAAAGCUUCGAUGGACUCGGAUGUGAAACUAGAAUAUGACAGAGCGUGAACUGCGUUUCAUAUUGCGCGCUCGUUCCUGAUAGGGCUGAAAGAAUUAAAUCAAUGCUUUAUUCGGGGUCCUCAUGCCUACAGCAGCUUGUAGCUAGGGACAGAAAGAUAUACAACACUAUCAUUAUGCGCUGGAAGGUAUCCCUCGCCACCUACCAAGAUGAACGUGUUCCGCAUUUCAGUAGCACAGACGUGGAGAAGGCGAUUUGAUGCACCUACCCAAUUUCCCCGUCUUCUUUCAACGACGCGAGCUCGACGUUCCUCCGAAGAUCAGCUCGUCGGCGUGAAGGCCUCCGUUCGCGCGAAGGCCGAUCCUACCUUCACACCACGAUUAACUUUGUUUAGGGAAUUCGACUUGACUGGCCGCGUCGCAGUCGUCUCUGGAGCAAAUCGAGGCCUGGGCCUCGAGAUCGCGCAGGCAUUAGCUGAAGCAGGAGCGACUGUCCAUUGUUUCGAUCUUCCAUCUACUCCAAGUGAGACCUGGGAAGCCUCUCACGAGUACAUCCGGAGGCUUCAGCUCCCUACUGCGCGCCUUAACUAUGCUUGUCUCGAUGUGACCGACCAAUCGGCUACGUGGAACGCAGUGGAGACAGCUUCGAAAGCAUCUGGUAAUCGUCUCGACAUUUGCGUCGCGGCAGCAGGGAUAAUACAUGGCGCAUGUUGCCUCGAUUAUCCUACUUCCGAAUUCUCAAAGGUCCUGGAUGUCAACGUUCGUGGUGUCUUCCACUUCGCGCAAGCGGCCGCUCGGCAGAUGGACCAGGCCGAAAAGGGCGGGAGUAUUGUCCUGAUAGGCUCUGCUGCUGGGUCUGUUGCUACAAGCGAUACUGAAGUUGUCGCUUACAGUGCCAGUAAAGCUGCGGUACUACAAAUAGCUCGCAGCAUGGCAUGCGAAUUAGGGCGAAAAAGGAUAAGAGUUAACUCAAUUUCGCCGGGAUAUGUCCCGACAGAUUUGACUUCUCCAUUCCUCGAUGCGAUUCCGACCUGCAAGGCAGAAUGGUCGAAGCAGAAUCCCCUUGGGCGCCUUGGGAGGUCCGAUGAGUUGCGUGGGGUGGCGGUAUGGCUUGCAUCCGACGCAUCCACGUAUUGUACUGGCAGCGAGGAACUCAACUCUUUGCAUAUGUCUGGGACAGAUCAUCAGCCGCCCUAUGUCAAGACGAGAGAAAAUUUUGAUUCAAAGUAUGUGGGAGAAUGUUUCUGUGGCCAGAUCAAGUUUGAGAUUGCUAAUGACCCGGUUGAUGCUUGUUACUGUCAUUGGCUACACGGCGCCCCCUAUCAAUGGGCUGCAAUCAUUCACAAAGACGCCGUCCAUUUCACGGAAGGAAUAAAAGGCCUUACUUUCUAUAACUCUUCAGAGUUUGUAAAUGAACACAAACUUCCGUGCAAGGUCCUAUGCUCUACUUGUCAUUCGCCCCUUGCAGAUGAAGGCCGAAAUAUGAUUCUCGUGUUCCCCGUUGCGGUCCAUUUUAAAGAUGGCCAAGUACCAGACUCGUUCAAACCAACGUAUCACAUGUUCUAUGGAUCCCGCGUUACCGACGUUGUUGAUGGUGUCCCUAAGUUUCUUGGAAGGAGAGGCGAGGGCCCUUGCAAGGAGAAGUAAAGAAGUAAAGAACGAGGGGUCCGCAUGGUGCAAUUUGCAUCGUGAAUCCGCUGCCGGUAAGACUCAAGUCGGAGUUACUUUGCGGAUCACCACACUGUCGGGGAGUACGAAUUCAGGAGUAACGGGGCUGCAAUGCAUGGGAGGUUGGGUGUCCUCUUAACGAGUAAAAAUUGUCCCAUCGAUAUUAUUGCAUUUAACCC